AUGUGGAAAAAGGCUUUCUACCUGAAUAUCAAGAUCCGAGAGGGCGGCGGCAGUGAGAAACCAUGGUUCCAUGGUGUAAUGGUUAGCACCCUGGACUUUGAAUCCAGAGAUCCGAGUUCGAGUCUCGGUGGAACCUCAAUAGUUUUCGCAGCACGCAGGCCACCUAUUCCUCACUCGACACUGACAUCAAAGGGGGAUAUCACAGCCUUAUCUAGACUAUCAAGAAAUACUCAGCACUAUCAGAAACAAUCCCCGCAUAUAGUUAGAGUCACAGAUAAGAUUAGACAGAAAGGUAUAAAAGCCCCUUAUCUUCUGACACAAAUACCCUCCGUUGUGCUAAUAAGCAUAUCCUCCGAGAGCUGCGAUGAAAAGAUGAUUUCUUUGGCUGCAGCGGCCGAUGAAAGUCUGCAGUCCACCUUCGGCUCCUUGUCUGCAGAUGCCCUCACGGACAGUCUGGCGUCGAGCCCUCUGCACCGCGCGGCUGGCAAGGGUCGGCGGCAGGUCGUGGCGAUGCUCCUGGAGGCGGGCGCAGAGGUCAACGCCAAGGAUAGGUCAGAGUCAAGCCCCUUGCACUGGGCUGCUGGAGGAGGCCACGACGCGGUUGUGGAGCUGCUCCUCUCGAAGGGCGUGCGCGUGAACGCCGGAAAUCGCUUUGGACAGAGGGCCGUACACUACGCAGCUUACUUCGGGCACCUAACUACGCUAGAGAUCCUUCAGGAGGGAGGGGCUGAUGUGGACGCCAAGGAUGAUAACGGGGACACGCCUCUCCACCUCGCAGCCUCACAAGGGCACCUCCUCGCUUUGUUCGCGCUGGUGAAACGUGGGGCUUCUACAAACAAGAGUAACAGGAGAGGAAAGACUCCGAAGGACAUGAUGAAGAAACCUUCCGAUGGAGACGACCAUAGCAUGCAACUUUUCCGGAAAGUCUCGAUGAGUAGUGUAAUGGAGAAGUGGACUGAAGCCGAAAAGGAAUUGAUUACGCUGCAAAGAGAAAAUAAGAAGUUGCAGGAUCGCCUGGAGAGAAAAACGAGAAAUAUUCGAGAACUGAACACGAGGUUAAGACAGAUGGAAGAUCAGAAUGCUCGACCUGAUUCAACUUUUUCUUUCCGAAAUAAGAAAAAUGCAAAAGUGCCACGUGCACCGCUCCCGGCGGGUGUUGGUCGGUCCUCAGAUCAGUGUAUGGCUCAGCCGCACAGUUUUCCAGGAAGAAUGAAUCAGUCCCUGGGGGGAGCUGGCAGGGACGGGCCUUAUCGGGGGAAAGCAACACACAGUGACGAGAUCCUGGAAGCGGCAAGAUGGGACGAGUCUCUGCAAACAGCAGGCAGGAGGAGGCAUUCUUCACAAGUAGCUGGCAGGGGCAGGCCUUCUUGGGGAGAAGCUACAAGCACUAACUUGUCCCUGGAAACAGAAGGAUGGGGCGAGUUUCUGCAAGCAGCAGGUAGGAGAGGCGAGACAGCGGGCAGGAAGGGUAAGUCUCCCUUAGCUGCUGUCAGGGACAGGCGUUCUCGAAGACAAGCUACAAGCAGUGACGAGUCUCUGCGAGCAUCAGGCAGGAAGGGCGAGUCUCUGCAAGCAGCUGGAGAAUCAACAAGCAGUGACGGGUCUCUGCAAGUAGCUAGCAGGGACAGGCCUCGGGGAGAAGCAACAAGCAGUGACGAGUCUCUGGGACCAGCAGGCAGGGAGGGCAAGUCUCUGCAAGCAACAGCCAGGGUGUCUGAGUUAUUACAAACAACAGGCAGAAGGGGUGAGUCUCUGCAAGUAGCUAGAAGGGACAGGCCUCGAGGAGAAGCAACAAGCAGUGGCGAGUCUCUGCAAGCAUCAAGGUGGAGUAAGACCCUGCGAUCAGCAGACAGGAGGGGCGAAUCUCUGCAAGCAGCUGGAGAAGCAACAAACACUGACGAGUCUCUGCAAGCAUCAGGGUGGAAUAAGACCCACCGUUCAACAGGCAGGAGGGGCGAAUCUCUGCAAGCAGCUGGGGAAGCAACAAGCAGUGACGAGUCUCUACAAGCAUCAGGGUGGAAUGAGUCUCUGCGAACAACAGGCAGGAAGGGCGAUCCUCUACAAAGCAGUGACGAUUCUCUACAAGCAGCAGGCAGGUGGUGCAAGUCUCCACUGGCACCUAGCAGAGGCAGGCUCCGGGGAGAAGCAACAGGUCGUGCUGAGUCUCAACGAGCAGCGGGAAGGAGGAGAAAGCCUUUGUAAGCAGCAGGCAGGGAGGUCAGAUGUCGGUGUCCAAAUUGAGAAACGUUUGCGUUUGUUGUCCUCUGGAUUUGUUGACAGAGAACAGCUGACCGGGUCUGGAACAGUAGGCAAUAAAGAACUAAAUAUUGAGACACACAGGUAUUUUCCUACAAAGAACUACAUUAAGUGACAUAAUUUAAGAAAUAAGAAACUCAAAAGAUGAAGAUCUAGGGGAUAUAUAUAUAACAAAAGUCUAAAAAACCCAAAGCAAGAGAGAAGAAACCGCAGGCCAGACGUAUUGAAACUCUACUUUUAACUUUCAUUGAGUUAAGAGUCAACACAAGCUUUUGACUAAAUUUGUGAAUUGAAAACUACAUGAAUUCGGCUCCUGAACAAGAACAAGGGAAGGUGACUGGGACAAGAAUGCAAUGAAUUAUGUCAAAUCUAAUGGAUUGCAAACCUCAGACGCGGAGAUAGCAAUAUUCCCCACACAUCCCAAUUAAGCAAGGAAACGAAGGAACCUGCAGACAGAGCAUAGAACCCCUGAUCUACAGUACGCAUCAGAAACACAAGGAAUCCAUUAGCUGUUGCAAGAUGUUAAGGAUGCUGCAUGUGAUUUUGCAGAUAUAUGGACUGGUCUGAAGAACUGUUGGUGUAAUUACUGAGUGUGUUACUUCAUGUAUCAUCAUGGAUGACUCAAGUUUGGAUACAAAGGGAUAUGACAACACGAUAGAAUUCAUUUCUGUUAAGGAAGAGAGAAUUGAAGACGUCAGUGAGGAAAAUUGCCAGGAGAUAAAAAAAGAAGUUAUCAGCUAUGUAGGCGAAGAAAAUACCAUCUUUCUAAAAGCAGAAAAUAAUAUAAGUGCAAGUGAGUGUCCUGAAAUUGCUGAUGUGGAAGCAAAUAAAAGCGACUCAGAGGUUCUGAUGUGUGAGUAUGAAGAUCCAUUAAAAAUAGUGCCACUUGUGGUUAAAGAUUGUGGGAAUGUAAAUUCUUCAGGGGGUCAAAAGGCACCUACGAAUUUUAAGGAAAAAGUAACACAUUUAACAGUUGAUAAAAAAGGAAAGAUUUUUGUGUGUGAAGUAUGUUGCAAAACAUUUUCAUAUAAUGGUCAUCUCUUAAUUCACAUGAGAGUACAUACAAAGGAGAAACCAUACAGCUGUGAAGUUUGUAGCAAAGCAUUCUCAAAGAAGAGUCACCAAGUUGCACACAUGCGAGUGCACACCAAAGAAAAGCCUUAUAUAUGUAAGAUAUGUUCCAAAGCAUUCUCUCAUAAACAUCAUCUUGAGCAACACACGAGAGUGCAUACAAAAGAAAAGCCCUAUAGCUGUGAGGAAUGCAGCAAAAAAUUCUCACAGAGAGAUGCUCUAGUAGUGCAUAGGAGAGUACAUACAAAAGAAAAGCCUUAUACGUGUGAGGUUUGUUGCAAAGCUUUCUCACAGAAACAACAUCUAGAAAAGCACAUGAGAGUACAUAUAAAAUAAAAAGUUAACAAUAUCUCUAAGGUACUUUCACCUACACCUGGUAGAAGCAAAGGGAAACAACUUUUACAAUGUUCAAGUAAUGUAUGUCAAAGUUUAUGAGAAGAUAUCUGCCAAAGAUGGUAUUACCUAUUGGCAGCAUCUUUAUUUGUUAUGACUUUACAGUUAGUGCACAUGAGGUAUACAUAUUUAAGUAAGAUUUUCUUAGUUUAACAAAUAUAAGAGCAAGUAAAAAAAUCUCUCUCUCUCUCUCUCUCUCUCUCUCUCUCUCUCUCUCUCUCUCUCUCUCUCUCUCUCUCUCUCUCUCUCUCUCUCUCUUUCUCAUUCAGCCUCUAUCUGUGCUAUAUUUAUAUUACAAGUAAAUAUUUGUAAAACCAAAUUUUAAAUUAUGUACAGGAAAAGUGGCAAUAUAUCCCUGUUGAUAUAUA